AUGGACUUGAGGACAUAUAAGUUGGAAAGAGUUACAGGCGAAGAAGGAAAACGUGAGGAUGAAGAUGGCGGAAAAGGAGAAGCAAAGGAUGAAAAGGAGGAGGAAACGAUAGAUGUGGUGUUGAAGGAGAAGAGAGUCUCUGGCAGAUAA